AUGCUUGAUUCAACCACAAUUUCAUCUCUUGUCUACCAAGAUGUGCCCAUCGGUAGAUGGCUUAUCAUCGAUCUAUUUGUCUUGGGUGUUCUAAUACUAUGGUUUCAAAGACUUCAUCUUUCUGCCAUGAUCAAAGUACCAGGCCCUUGGUACUUGAAGUUGACGAGUAUCUUUGUCAAGUACCACGAGUUCAUGGGACAUAAAAGAGGGUGGACCCAUGCUCUUCAUCUCAAAUACGGCCCCGUGGUCCAACUGGGCCGAAACGAAGUAUCAUUCGCCAGUUACACUUCAGCAAAACACAUUUACAGCUCCGGAAACAAGGAAUUCCGGAAAACGGAGCUUUACUCGCUCUUUGAACAAGACGGCCACAUUAAUCUGUUCACAGCAUUAGACCCUGAAAAGCAUAGCGAGAUCCGGCGGAGCAUCGCAGAUCGAUACUCAAACUCCAACAUUCUGAGGUCGAAGGUCAUGGACGCCAUAGCCGAACGGGCGGAAGUAUUUACACAAGCAUGUGCUGCAAAACCAUCGGCUGAUAUAUAUCUUUAUCUUCACGCCUACGCGCUAGAUUGUGUCACUGCCAUGUUGUUCUACCCUUACGGAACUGAAUCUUUAUCAGGCGGCAAAGACAUGCAAAUGGUUCGCUUGCUGUCAUAUUCCAACAGCAGAGAGAGACUCUUCCUGACUUAUUACUCCCCGCUCGUCGCGCGUCUUUGGGCAGCCUUUGCACCGACGUCGAGAAACACACCCAAAGGAGGCUCCACGAUUGAGAACUAUGUUCGUCAGGCAAUGAAUCGAGGUGGGUACGCGGAUUUUACACUUGCAGCACGGCUUCUAGAAUCAAAAACCUUUGACACGGCCUUGGCCGAGGCUGAGUGCCUGGACCACAUCGGCGCCGGCAUCGAGACGACGGGCGACACGCUGUGCUGGCUGAUUUGGGAGCUUUCGCAGCCAAAGCACCACGACAAGGUGACAAGACUCCACGAGGAACUCGUCGGAGCCGUCCCCGGAACAAACCUUGAUACCCUGCCGUAUCUUGGCGCUGUCGUGCAAGAGGCUCUUCGGCUGUGGGCGCCAGGAACCUUGCCCUUGCCGCGCUAUGUGCCCAAGAAGGGCACGCACAUUGACGGCUACUACCUCCCUGAAAAUACGAUAGUGGGAUGUACUUCGUACAGCAUGCACCGCCUGGACAAGAUCAUCUUCCCUGACGCUGAUGAGUUCAACCCUGAUCGAUGGAUGGCUCAUGGUGGCAACAUGAAUACUGAGAGACAACGGCAAUUUUUUGCGUUUGGCCUGGGGGCUCGGACAUGCAUUGGGAAACACCUCGCCAUGGCCGAGAUAAGGGCCAAUCUCAACGCAGUCUACUCUAAAUACCGAACACGGCCAUCUACAGACAUGGUGUCAAGCAUGGAUAUGGAUGAUCAAGUCCUUACCUCGCGGCCCCGAGGGAUGUGCUGCAAGGUUGAUUUCAUUCCCUGGGAACAACCUGAAGAUGCCACUGAUCUGAGCAUCGCUUGUCAGUAA